AUCCGCGAUGGAAGGCGCUCUGACGGUCCGCCAGAUUUCAAGUUCUGCCUAUAAAGACAGGAAUGAGGAGUAUAAAAGACAGUUCACACAUCUACCUGAAACAGAGAAGCUGAUAGCAGAUUAUGCUUGUGCUCUUCAGAGGGACAUUUUGCUUCAGGGACGACUAUACCUUUCAGAAAACUGGCUAUGUUUCUAUAGCAACAUCUUCAGAUGGGAAACUACAAUUUCUAUUGCUUUAAAGAACAUAACCUUUAUGACCAAGGAGAAGACCGCUCGACUCAUCCCAAAUGCUAUCCAGAUCUUUACAGAGGGUGAAAAGUUUUUCUUCACAUCUUUUGCUGCCAGGGAUAGAAGUUACCUCAGUAUCUUUAGGUUGUGGCAGAACGUACUGUUAGACAAGAGCUUGACCAGACAGGAAUUCUGGCAGCUGCUCCAGCAGAACUGUGGCACUGAGCUAGGCUUAAAUGCUGAAGAGAUGGAGAACUUGUCCCUGUUGAUUGAGGAUAAUGUGCAGCCAAGAAGUCCAAGAAGAAGCAGCUUGGAUGGCUGUGGGCAGAGAGAUGAAAAAUUAUCCAAGCCAAUCAGUUUUACCCGUGAAUCAAUUAGUCGGGUUUCAGAAGCAGAGUCAAUUGAUGGAAAUCCACAAAAAGGGGGGUUAGGGAAAGAGGAACCCCAAAGUGAGAAACAGAUCAAAAGCCCUUCACUAACUUCAGAAAAGAGGUUAAGUAGACUGUCAUCAAAAUCACUGGACUUGAAUAAAAAUGAAUAUCUUUCUUUGGACAAAAGCAGCACUUCAGAUUCUGUUGAUGAAGAAAAUAUUCCUGAGAAAGAUCUUCAUGGAAGACUUUAUAUCAACCGUGUUUUUCGUAUCAGUGCUGAGAGAAUGUUUGAAUUGCUGUUCACCAGUUCACGCUUUAUGCAGAUAUUUGCCAGUUCCAGAAAUAUAAUAGAUGUAGUAUCUACCCCUUGGAAUGUAGAACCUGGAGGUGACCAACUGAGAACCAUGACCUACACUAUAGUCCUUAAUAAUCCACUAACUGGAAAGUGCACCACGGCCACUGAAAAGCAGAGACUGUAUAAAGAAAGUCGGGAAGCACAAUUUUAUUUGGUAGAUUCAGAAGUGCUGACACACGACGUCCCCUACCAUGAUUACUUCUAUACUCUGAACAGAUACUAUAUCAUCCGAUCUUCAAAGCAGAAAUGCCGGUUGAGAGUUUCAACAGAUUUGAAAUACAAAAAACAACCAUGGGCCAUUGUCAAAUCUUUAAUUGAGAAGAAUUCCUGGAGUUCCUUGGCGGACUAUUUCAAACAGCUUGAAUCAGAUUUGUUAACGGAAGAAUCUAUGGUAAAUCAGUCCAUUGAAGACCCUGGAAAACUUAGUGGCCUGCGAAGGAGAAGGCGAACAGUCAACAGAACAGCAGAAACAGCUGCUAAACUUUCUUCUCAGCGUUCUUCUGGAGACCUGGGCUUAGAUGCCAAAGGGGAUAUUACAGGAAAGAAAAAGGAAAUUGAAAGCUAUAACACCGUCCUUAUUGUGGUGAUGAGUAUUUUUUUGCUGUUGCUGGUUUUAUUGAAUGUGACGCUGUUUCUGAAGCUGUCAAAGAUAGAGUAUGCUGCUCAGUCCUUUUACCGUCUUCACCUCCAGGAAGAGAAAUCUGUAAAUUUAGCCUCUGAUAUGGCGUCAAGAGCAGAAAAUAUUCAAAAGAGCAAAGAUCAGGCCCAUCGCUUAAAAGGAGUGCUCCAGGACUCCAUCGUGAUGCUGGAACAGUUGAAGAGCUCACUCAUUAUGCUUCAGAGAACCUUUGAUCUACUAAAUAAGAACAAGACAGGCAUGGCUGUCCAAAGCUAGUGAUCUUAAGGACCAAAAUUAUAGAGAUAUGUGGAACCAAAAGAAAACGUCUUGAAGAAAACCAGAGGGUGAAGGAUUUGAAUUGUCAUAGGAACAUUUCCAUAUUUUCUCAUUAUUUGUACUUCUAAUAUGAACAUUCUUUUUAAUAACAUUUAUUGGAGAAUUAGUCUCUGAUGGUCUUAAGAAUCCAUCCUUUCAUUUCUUAUACAUAAUUCUAAGCUGUGAAUUUCUCCAGUGAAGCGUGAAAUAUAUUGUGGAUUUGAAUUUCUAUGAUACAAAAAGAAAAUGAGACAUUCUGAACUGAGUGGUAUGGCAUCAUUUUCACAGUGAGAUUUGAAGUUUGACGCUUUAAGUUUAUCUGUUAGCACAGAAUCAGUAUGUGUCCAAUAGGCUGCUUUCACAGUUGA